GGUAGCGGCGAACGCGCAGUCAAGAGAGGAGGGGGAGGAACCGGAAGGGGCGGAAGCCGCCGUCCUUGGUGUUGUGAUCUCUGCACCUCCUAGUGCCUUGGAGCGUGUUUGGUGUUUAGUUCUUUGGGAAGGCGGCUGCAGUUACUCUGACCAUGUUGUGCCGGGUGAUGAGCAGGAGGACCAGUAAGCUAGUACCGGCUUUGGGAUGUUUGGGCUCCAGGCAAAAGCACAGCCUUCCUGAUUUGCCUUAUGAUUAUGGUGCACUGGAGCCUCACAUUAAUGCACAGAUCAUGCAAUUGCACCACAGCAAACAUCAUGCCACUUAUGUGAAUAACUUGAAUGCUACAGAGGAGAAAUAUAAAGAGGCCUUAGCAAAGGGUGAUGUUACUUCUCAGGUAGCUCUCCAGCCUGCAUUACGGUUCAAUGGUGGUGGUCAUAUCAAUCAUACUAUUUUCUGGACAAAUCUUUGCCCAAAUGGAGGAGGAGAACCUAAAGGGGAAUUGAUGGAAGCCAUCAAACGUGAUUUUGGUUCUUUUGAAAAAUUUAAGGAGAAGUUGACAGCUGUGUCAGUUGGUGUUCAAGGUUCAGGUUGGGGUUGGCUUGGCUUCAACAAGGAGCAGGGACGACUACAGAUUGCAGCUUGUUCCAAUCAGGAUCCUUUGCAAGGAACAACAGGUCUUAUUCCUCUUCUGGGAAUUGAUGUGUGGGAACAUGCUUAUUACCUUCAAUAUAAAAAUGUUAGACCAGAUUAUCUAAAAGCAAUCUGGAAUGUAAUUAAUUGGGAGAAUGUAACUGAGAGAUACUCAGCUUGUAAAAAGUAAAGUGGUAUUAUACUCACUGUUUCAACAUUUGCUCUUGUGGAAGCUCGGCACUGUAAUUUGUUAAUGAGUUGCUGCUCUAUGAAACUCUCAUAUUACCUAUUAAAAUGUGUGUACUUAAGCAAAGUGUUUAAUGCCAUGAAAGAUUACUUAUUUUCAGAGCUUUUUAGUUUUAUGCAAUAAUAUGUAUAGUGACUUUAAGGAUUGAGCAGGGUCUUGUGAAUGUUUCUGGUAGGCUAGGUGCUUAUGAGGAUGAUUGUUGUCAUGAUUGAAAAAAUCCAAUAACACAAAUAAGUACAGUCUGGAUAUUUCCCAUCUUAUGAUAAUUUUUCUAGGGAAGUCUUUAAUCCUCGUAUAUGGUAAUUAUAAUACAGCAAGUUCUUCAUUCUGAUUAUUUAACAGUGAAAUCCAUUUAAGGAAGUGAUCUAGAGUGGGAGAGGGGCAGGAGAGAGAAUUCAGAACUCAAAAAAAAUGAAUGUUAAAAAAUUUUACAUGUAAUUGGAAAAUAUUUAAUGAAGUAAAUUAAAAAUAUAUAACUUUAUUAAAAAAAUAAAAAAGUUAUACCAAAACCCAAAUCGUUUUUGUUAAUGAUUUUUUAAAGACUACUUUUUUAUGUAGCAGAGAACAUCCAGAAUUCUGUUGUAGAAAAGCCUUUUUGAAGUUUAGAUUUUUGAAUACUGUUCUUUCAGAUAGGUUAUGUCACAGUUAUUUACACUUACCCCCCCCAGAUUGAGCUUUCCCUUUUAUCAAGGUGAGGGCUUGUGUCUGACACAUGUACAGAAUUCUGUCUCAAGAGUAUCCUGAACCCUUUGCCAUGAAGGAAGGAGGUAUGAUUCUGCUUUGGGUCUGCCAUUGGUUUUUCCAUUCACAUAGUUCAACUUCCUCUUAGUAAUCUUUUCAUUUACAUCAUUGCCAUAGUAUGUUGUAUAAUUUUCUGUUGGCAAAGAGGGCAAGGUUUUAUUGUGAAAAUGUUAUGAGAAUCUAUUGUCUCCAAAUAUCUUAGCAAUACAUGAGAUAGAUCAGGAUUGAACUGACUGAGCUAAUGGCAAGGACUGUAUUUUUCAAGGUCCAUGAGUAAUCUUGUGCCUUUUUUAAAACAUUGAGUAUCAGACUGCUCUCCUUUUCCAUUUUUUGUUACUUUAGAGUCAAUGGGGAAUACAGAGCCACAGAUUUCAUUAUUAACUACUGAAGUGUUUUUCAGUGCAGCUAUUUUCUUUUUUAAAAAGUUGAUUAAAGUAGGUUUACACCCUUGGUUUUGUUGCAAAAUGUUGGAAGAUUUUAUAAUUCUGUUGAUGCCUGGGGUUGUGCAUGCAUUUUAAAACACUUUCUUUGGAGGUUACAGUAAAUUUGAAGAAAUAUCUACAAUAAACUGCUGUUUCCAGGGAGCUCUGGUAUAAGUCAUGUGAAUGUUGCUUGCCUUUAUUUGCACCAUACAGUGCAACCAAAUUAAGGAAAUCAUAUAGAAAAGUGGUCCUUUUGACAAGUAGUCACUUGAAUAUAAGUGGCCUCUAAAGAAGAGAUUGUCUUGAGAUGGCAUUUUAAGAUUUUUCUUUUGGUAUCGAUUGGCUUAAAGCAGAAUCUGAGUGAUUAGUACUCUAGUAUACUUAAAAGUCACAUGUUAGAAUCGGACUGCUUAGUAGUGACUUGGAUUUUAAGUGGAUUAUGAAUCCCAAGAUUUGGCUGUUCUGUUGCUGUACAUUUCAAUAGACUUAUCCUCUUAGUGAGAUGUUAAUUCAAGGUAUUGGGUUGUCAGUUUAUAAAUUAAUUUUUUCUGGUCACGGAUAAAGUCUUAGUUAUCCUAGUAACAUUUAAUAUCCAUCUCUUCCUGUUACUGCCAGGGUAGUAGUAAUAUUGUCUCCCAUUUUAAGGUGUGAUAGACUCCAAUGUAUACCUUAUAAUGUCUUGGAAUGAGUUUAAAAAGCUAUCUUAUUUGUUUUUUUUGUCAUAGAUGUGAAAUUCUUAUAAUUAUUAAUAAAAUAAUUUGUCAAACAACUACAAAAAA